ACGCUUUGUUGCAAAGCGGCUACAUACGCAGGAGAAGAGGAGGUAGCAGGAGCCGGCCAUGUCGACGACUGCGCACAAGGUGGCGACGCAGGCGGCGUCGGCGGCGGGGGCGAGAAUGAAGGGUCCACUGCCGCCGAGCGUGGUGAGGGAGAUCGUGUACGGGAUGAGCCUGGGGCUCUUCGCGGGGUACCUGUGGAAACUGCACCACUGGAGCAACCAGCGCCGCACCCGCGAGUUCUACAGCCUGCUCGACGAGGGCAGGAUCACCGUCGUCGUCGACGAGCCGGCCGGAGCCAAGGAGUAGCCCCAUCCAUAUAGUUUCACCUACCUACCCAGGCGAGGUAUUUUCAGUCCGUCCUUCCACAGAUCAUCAGUAGGACAAGUAGCGCUUUGGUUUGUUUUGUUUAGCUGGUAGCUAGCUAGCUCAGCUCUGUUCUUCCUCGUGUCAGUCUGUAAUGUCUACUGCAGCUCUGCUGCCUGCCUUUGUCUCGUUCCCGGUCGAAGAGAAUAAACUGAUGCGUGUCAUUCAUCAGUAGAGGCUGCAGAAUUAGUGUUCUCUUGUGAAACAAUUAGUGUCGGGUGUUUCUGUUUUC